UCAGUGUCGGCUUGGCCGUGGACGACAGCUGAGUCUUCGGCGGGCAGCGGGCCGCUCCGGGGUUGGCACUCCUGCCUCCGACAGAUCGCUGGCAGAGGACCGUGGAAUGCUGAGAUACACGCUGUCUGCAGUUCGCCGUGAAUGACCUGAAAGCACACUCAAAGGGAGAGGGGAUGGAAGCCGCCGCCGCGGAGCUCGGGCCCGCUCGGCCGCCCUCGGCAGUCUCCGCGCCGACCUGCCCCAGCACGUGCCUCAGCCUGUUCGCGCAGUGCGCGGCGGGCCAGCACAGCGGGCAGACGUGCGCGGCCGCGCAGCACCGCCAUGCGUCCUCCGCCCCGGCGGCGCCCGUGUCCUUGACGCGCAUCCUGCAGGACGACCAGGACCUCUCUGACGGCCGCAGGUCCGCGGAGCCGCCGAUGGGCAACGGCGCGACGAGGCCGGGCCCGGGCAGGCCGCCGCCGUGCGCCGCCCCCGCCGCCGCCGCCGCCAUGCCGGAGCCGCCGCCGCCGCCGGAGGAGCUGGUGCCGCAGCUGCGGCGCGAGGCGCGCGACUGGGAGGGCAAGGCGGACUGCCUGGAGGCCGAGGUGCUGACCUUGAGGCGCGAGCUGGAGGGCCGCGAGCAGGAGGUGCUGAGGCUGCAGCGCGAGGUGCACAAGCUCAAGAGCGUGCUGCAGCAGGCGACGAGCUUCGCGCGCGACGGCGACCUGCUGGCCAGCCUGCAGGACCAGCACGGCAUGGCGGGGCAGGCGCAGAAGCCCGCCAGCUCGUCGUCCAAGAAGCAGGGCGUGUCGGGCGAGAGCUCCGAGCUGGGCCACACCGCCGACGACAUCCAGAUCCAGCGCUACGACAAGGACUUCAGAUCGAAGCAGCUGAUCAAGGACGCCAUCAUGGACAACGACUUCUUGAAGAACCUGGACUCGAGCCAAGUGCGCGAGCUGGUGGACUCCAUGUACCCCAGAGAGUACCCCAAGGGCAGCUACGUCAUCAGGGAGGGCGGAGCCGGCGCGCACCUGUACGUGUCGGCGGAGGGAGAGUACGAGGUCAUCAAGGAAGACAAGGUGCUGGGUCGCAUGGGCCCGGGCAAGGCGUUCGGCGAGCUGGCCAUCCUCUACAACUGCACUCGCACCGCGUCCAUCAGAGUGGUGAACGACGCCAAGGUGUGGGUGCUGGACCGGCGCGUGUUCCAGCAGAUCAUGAUGAGGACUGGCCUCCAGCGCCUGGAGGACAACAUCAACUUCCUCCGCAGCGUGCCUCUGCUCAAGGACCUCAGCAGCGACGUGCUCGCCAAGAUCGCCGACGCGCUGGAGGUGGAGUUCUACCCGGCGGGCGCCCACAUCAUCCGGCAGGGCGCGAGCGGCGACACCUUCUUCAUCAUCUCGGCGGGCAGCGUGAAGGUGACGCAGCGGCCGCCGGGCCGGCGCGACGAGGAGGACAUCCGCACGUUGGAGCGCGGCGACUACUUCGGCGAGCAGGCGCUGCUCAAGGAGGACUGCCGCACGGCGAGCGUGAUCGCGCUGCACCCGGGCGUCGAGUGCCUCACGCUCGACCGCGAGUCAUUCGCGCAGCUCAUCGGCGACCUCAGCGAGCUGCACGACAAGGACUACGGCGACGAGACGCGCGGCCUGUCGCGGCCCGCCAGCUCGGGCAGCAUCUACUCGGACGCCGAGCAGGAGUUCGACUACAUCCGGCUGGACGACCUGGACGUGGUGGCGACGCUCGGCGUCGGCGGCUUCGGGCGGGUGGAGCUCGUGCAGUACAUGUACGACAAGACGCAGACGUUCGCCCUCAAGUGCCUCAAGAAGCAGCACAUCGUGGACACGCAGCAGCAGGAGCACGUCUACAGCGAGAAGAACAUCAUGAUGACGUGCCGCAGCCCCUUCAUCUGCAGACUGUACAAGACGUUCCGCGACAGCAAGUACGUGUACAUGCUGCUGGAGGCGUGCCUGGGCGGCGAGGUGUGGACGAUCCUGCGUGAUCGCGGCUGUUUCGACGACCUGACCACUCGCUUCGUGACGGCCUGCGUCGUCGAGGCGUUCGAGUACCUGCACGCACGCGGCAUCAUCUACCGCGACCUCAAGCCGGAGAACCUGCUGCUCGACGGCCAGGGAUACGUCAAGCUCGUGGACUUCGGCUUCUCGAAGCGCCUGGGCUUCAGCGCCAAGACGUGGACCUUCUGCGGCACGCCCGAGUACGUGGCGCCGGAGAUCAUCCUGAACAAGGGCCACGACCGCGCCGUCGACUACUGGUCGCUGGGGGUGCUGAUGCACGAGCUGCUCACCGGCACGCCGCCCUUCACCGCCGCCGACCCCAUGAAGACCUACAACCUGAUCCUGAAGGGCAUCGACAUGGUGGACUUCCCGCGCCACAUCACUCGCGCCGCGCAGUCGCUCGUCAAGCGGCUGUGCCGCGACUCGCCCAGCGAGCGGCUCGGCUACCAGCGCAGCGGCAUCCUCGACAUCAAGAAGCACAAAUGGUUUCAGGGUUUCGAUUGGGACGGCUUGAAGCAAAGGACUCUUGCGGCACCAAUUGUUCAGCAAAUUCGAGGACCAACGGAUACAUCCAACUUCGACACCUAUCCAAAGGAAAUUGAAAUCCCUCCAGAUGAAAUGUCAAACUGGGACAUAGACUUCUGACACUUUUAUCCUCGCGGAGAACACCGGAUCGCGUCCCUUUAAGACGACCGACGGCUGUUGGCGGAGAUCUGCGCCUAACACGGGACUGCUGUACUGCUGUGUCGCCUGCGCCCGGGAAGAGCUGGCGGUUGAACAUCGCGGGCAGCGCCGGAGACGUGAAGCGACGCUCGCUCAGUGUUUGCCUAUGAAUAUUUUUUUUAUAUCAGAUGUUUAUAUUAUAUGUAUAUUUAUAUGUACAGACACGUUUUUCCCCGUAGAUAUUUUCAAUACACAGGAGUCAAUUACAUCGCGGUCAAUCACUAGGACGGGGCGUUUUACGUCACUGACCUGUUGGAAACGGAACUAUUUAAUUUUUUAACGUAUGCGUGUCCAUUACAUGAACUUAGUGGCAGAAUGUAAAAAAAAAAUUUUUUACGAAACGCUUAUCUUUUCACGCAUAUGUAUUUUUAACCCUCGAUGAAAAAAAAUGUCAAUUUAGAUCUGACCAUUGCAUUCACGCACCUGUAUUAGCAAAGGUUUAUUGAUGAGUGUGGUGACUCAAGUGUUUUCCACGUGAGAGAGAAGUGAUGAGUUAUCGUCAUGUGAACACGACUUCCUAUGAACUCGCCUUGCACGUGAACAGAUGUGAAGACGCCGGGGCUGGAGUGUUCAGCUACAAUCCAGCGAGACGUCGUGAGCUGGGUGAACCAUGUGGCCUUACUUUGUUACAAUAAGUGAAGUGGGUUUGUUUUGUAAUGUUUCAGAAACCCGUUGUUGUGGAAAUAAAAUUUCUUUUUUUGAUCUUGUGA